AUGACUUUGCAGUACGGAGGAGUCGUUAUCCCGCCGUGGAGCAUCGGCGGCACUCCAAUUAGGGCACGCAAGACGACGGCGCCCUUCGUAGUGGCCCUCUGCCAUCCUCUCCACCGCGACGCCGGCUCACGCCAGCUGCGCAUUCAACUCGACCAACUUCGCGCCGAGGCGGAGGCCACCCGCUCCAAAGCCAAUGCUGCACGAUUGAGGCUCAUGCGUCUAACAGAGGCAGCUGAGAAUCUUCGAAGCAGAGCUGCUAUGAGCAUCCAAGUUGGAAAGGAAACUGAGGCAAGGGAGCUACUCAUACAAAAGAAGAAGUUGAUGCAGGCCUUAAAGAAAUCAAAGAAUCGCAUUGAGGUUCUUGAUAAACUUUCAUCAAAGAUUAAUGAGGCAAUUUCUCUGAAGGAAACACAACUAAUUGGACAAGUUGCCAUUCAACCUGAAGAUAACAUAUCAGAUUCCUGUCGACAGAUUCAUUUCGUCUCUCCAAAAGAGGAUACUGUUGAAGUAUCAAAGUCAAAAGACUCUUCAAUUUUAUCAGAACAAUGUGAGCAUCAAGAUCAAGAUGCUGGAAAUUAUGAAGACAAACCAUCAGGAGAUAGUGGACAACCAACUUUUCUGGCAUCUGUGAGCAGUGACAUGUCGAAUUUUCCGAAGAUGGUUGACAGUUCAGAAGGCUUCCAUGAGCACAUACUCGAGAAUAUUGAUAUGCAACUUAAAUUACUGGAAACAGACAUUGAAAAUUUCUUAAGGUCUCAAUCCGUGACAGAAGAAACCAAACAGAAGCAGAUGAAUGAAAAACUAGAGAAACUAUCAGAGAUACUCAAGGAUGUACUCAGCAUCAGAGAAAGGAUCGCAAACAUGGUGGAAACUAGAGCAGAUGAUGGGAACUAA